GAUCAAUUAACCAUAAAUGCGUUCAAAGAUAAUCGUCGGGGUUCGUUGUUCGUCCUUCGAAUCAAAUAUACUGACUCUUGAAUAGAACAUCAACAAAUCAAAGAAUUUAAUGAAAACAUCAACAUGGACACUGAUAGUAAUUCAGAAAUAGAUAAUUCUGAAAAAAGUGAUUCUUCAGACUGUGAUGAAAGUGAUGUUAUUGAAAUAAAACCCCCAAAAGAUUACAAUGUUGUACAUAAAAUAUUUAAUAGACAGUUGUAUGGACGAUUUUCACGUAAUCCAAAAGCAAAAACUGAUAAAGUAUUUAAUUCAUUACCUGAUCGAUUAUGUUUUAAUUUUUCUGAAGUAGUACCAUUUACGGAUGAAACAAUCCAUCAAGUAUUUAUGGGUUUCUCUCAAUGUGGACGCUUUUUACUUAGUUAUAGUGUAAAACACACAUUAAACAUUGAUGGUUUUUUCCUAUCACAUCAAUAUGUCCUCCACGUGUGGAGUUUUGUACCAGGAAGGCAAGCAAAACUUGUAGCAGAACAUCGUAUAUUUCGUCAUUUUAAACACCAUGAGGAUGAUUUGGAAGUCACAAUGUGUCAAUGGCCCACCGACUUAGAAAAAUUAGUUAUUUAUGGAACUUGCCAAGACCAGUGUCACCAGUCUGAAGCCUAUUUAACUAUAGUUACACUGCCUUCAAUGCAGAGAUGCAAAGACUGUACCACAGAAUCCUCAAAUAAAAAUGAAGAUACAACAUUCAUGCCACUAUCUACCUCACAGUGCCUAAAGCACGGUGUUACUGUCGAUGCAAUGUUAAGUAUAAUGCCACCAUAUCCAAAAUUUCGACCCAACAUCAGUCUAGCCUACCCCGAUCAUAUAAUACUAAACACAGGCCAUUAUUUAUACGCUUUAAAUAUUAGCUUAGAUAAUAAUAACUUAAAUAAAAGUGAUGAAAACGGUGCUCCAAGUGGUCUCGUUGGUGUUUCAAAGACUGCCUCCAUAACAUCUUUGGUCCAAUCAGAAUUUACAAAUUAUCCCGAUAACAUGAGUGAUAUUUCGGAAAGUGUUAGCAUUAAACAUGAAUAUGAUGUCCAGACCCAACACAGUGCGUGCGACUUUGUAUCGGAUGUUAGUGAUUGUGAAACCGACUUAAGUGAAUAUUCCAAACCGUUUCACGAAUUAAAUAUAAGUUGUGAACCGUUAAAUGUUACCGGCCGUAGUUAUUGGACAUCAUCGUCAAUCGUACCCGAAUCUUCAUCUACAACGAAACCCACUUCAACAGCAGGUCAACCUCCUCGAGGUGUUAAAAUGAGCUUGCAUAAAAAGGAACCAACUACUUCGCAAGAAAAAAAGAAAAUUGAUAUAGAAAGUGCAGAAAAAGCUUACGAAUUUACUGAAGAGACAGAGAAAUGUGAAAAAUUAAGUUUAUUCCGAAAAAAACGUUUAGCUGAUAAAAAAUAUGAAUUUUCGGAAGAUAAUUGCGAAAAUAUUGUACCAUUUAAUUUGUUGCGAUUUGAAAGACGAUUUUGUGGUGGUGUUAAAGGGCAAACGACAUCGAAAAGUUUGAUACGAUCACCGGAUAAUCAAUUUUUGAGUCCUCGAAAUAAUUCCUCGCCACGAUCGCCGAUUUUAUCUCCAAAUUCUCGUGGAGGUCCUUUUUCACCAAGUGGAAGUGGUGGAUCUUCGCGGACUUGUGUAUAUAAUCGUUUAGUUUCGCCAUCUCCAACAAAUCGAAAAUCGCCAUUAAGUCCUCGAGGAGAAAAAUAUAAUAUUUAUAGUCCCAGCCAUAUUGAUGAUUACUCCGAUAUUGAUUCGAAGUUCGUAUUGCGACAAAUAAAUAAUAUAUCCAGUCCAAAAGUUACGGAAUUAUCUUCUUCAGAUAAUUUUCAUAGGCGUGAUUCUUCAUUAGAGCGAUUUAUGAGUUGUAGUACAAGUUCGAAUACAAACACAGCUGGUGCAAGUAGUUUAAGUGAUAAUGGACUUUUGAUUGUCGAUGAUAAAGCGAAAGUAUAUAGUUCCAAAGAUUCAUUUCAAUGGAUCAAAGAAAUUGUUCGACGUUAUAGUGCAAUCGAUUUUGAAAGUGCAUCGUCAUUAGUUUCAGAUGGUUUGAGAGAUGAUUAUGUGUCCGUCGAAUUGCCAGUAUUAGUGCAUACAAAGAGUUCAGGGGAAGAACAUCAUUUGGAUGCGGUACCAAGUCAUGUGUCCGACGACGCUAUUGGACCUGGUAUCACCUUGGUUCAUAAAACAUUUGAUGCUGAACAAUUUUGCCAUCGUACAGCAAAACGUAUAUGCACAGAACAUGAUUUAAAAUUCACAUUUUGUGCUGACUAUGAUAUUAAUAUUAUUGAUAUUUGUCCAUUAAGUGGUGAUGUAAUAUGCUCAGCGUAUAUUGAAGUUGGUGCAACAAAAGGACGUUUAGUGGGUGCAGCACGAGUGUACUGUAUACGAUUUAUAUUUGUAUGGGGUGCUGGACGACCUGGUGGCAGUCAUUGUAUAAUAUUAAAUUCAGAUACAGCACCUGAAUUACGGCCAUUAUAUAAGAAACGACCUGAAAAUCCGGCAAUAUCCUUGCGAUCACUAAUACCACGUACACAUUUUCGUAAGACCCGUGUUAUGGUACAUUAUUCUGGCAUUUAUUCCGAACGAUCCCUUACGAAAUUAAGGGAUGAAGAUAAUUUAAUAAGUAUUGUUUACGAUGCUGGAGAUUUCGAUGACUUUUAUUUCAUUUAAUGACUGUGGAUGAGCAUUAAAAAAAUGUGGAUAAUUCUACGUCUUCAAACACUCAAGUAUUUCCCCUUUAGAUAUUUAUUUAGUUAAACAAUAAUCAUUAUUUUUCAUUUUUUGUUCAUUAAUUUAUAUAGUUUCCCCACAUACCACCU